AUGCAGGGGCACGCCCCUGGGCAUGCGCGGGCGACAGUCAAGGGCGCACGGGUGGCAGGGAUGCCUCGGGCGCGGGCAGGCGUGGCAAGGAGCAGGGGCGCGUCGACGCUUGCGCGCGUGGCGAGGCGGGGCAGUGGCUACGCAAGCGGGGCGACGGCCGGGCGUGCGAGCGCGUGGCGUGUUCAUGGGGAUGAGGGGAAAGUAGGAGGAGGCCGGGGGCCUCACCGUGCGGGCGUAGGGUACGGGCAGCGAGGGUCGAGGUGGGGGGACGGGGACGACACGACGUGGAGGAAGCAGACCGGUGAGGUUUCUCCGGCGACGUCGUCGUGCGGCGAGGGUGAGGCGGCGUCAGUGUUCGGGCGGCGAGCGGCGGCCUCCAGGGUCGGGGAGGUGACGAGGCGGUCCGGCGGGGAGGUGGCGUCCGCGAGGUGGUGGCGAGACGAGGCGGCGACGUCGGAGGCUGGCGCGGCGGCGACCGCGGGGUCGGGCGCCGUGGGGGGAGCCCAGCUUGUCCUUGCAGAGGAGGUCGAGGCGGUCGACCACUAG